GCUGUGAUAUUUGAUGACUCAGCGACCAAUGGCGCCGGACAAGCACGGCAAGGUCUUUUUUGGCAGCACCUUCAGGGUCCUGGAGUCGCCACAUGCUUCUCCAUGCCUGUCAUUUGCGUCACCAUCCGCUGGGUAUGCUUUCAAUCCGGUUCCCGCAAUGCCUAUGUCUUUCGGGGAACUUCCGCCCAGCAUGGCAGGUGCGCAUUUGCCCACUGGGCAUGUGCCCGGAGGACAUGUGCCCACAAGUGGACAUGUGCCAACAAGUGGAAGUCCACAGAUUCGGCCGGGUGGAAGUGUGCUUGAUUUGAUCCCAACAAGCCCAACUUGGACGGCUAUGCAACGUCCAGACACGGAGAAUAUUGGUCUCACAAGGCAGCGAUCCGGCUCUCCAGGCCCCGAUCCAAGCACCACGCAGAAUGCUCGUCCCAGACCAAUGCCUCUGCAGCACGCUGUGACAGCUGCUGUGACCACUGCGUUGCCAUUGGGACAAGUGAGCCCUGUAGGGCAGUGCCCGCCCUCUCCAGCCUUCACUCGCCAAAUCAGUCCACCUGGUUCUCCUGCGUUCACUAGACAAUUUAGUCCACCAGGGUCUCCUGCAUGGACAACGGUCUCCAAUCAAAAGCGAAAGCCAGGCCCUGGUGGUGCUCCUGUUGUGAGAACGGGGCCUGCUGUUCCGCAAGAACCAGUUCUUCAGAGGUUGCACACAACCGGGGAUUCUGUGGACAUGUACUAUGAUCAGAAGGAGAUGUUCACGAAGGGAUGGACAAAAGAAGCCAAAGGCACCAGAAGUGUCAAGCAGAAAAAACGAGUUGAUUAUCAAGUGGAGAAGAGGCGGCAGCAGAGUGCACGUGAUCGAGGCGUCGUUGAAGAUGACUUUGAUGACUUUCUUUUAGAUGCAGAGUGAAGUCUUCGAUUCUUCGUGCACUGGUGCAAUUCUGCAUGUCCAAAGUCACCAAAGUCACCAGAGGUCACAGCCUUGGUUUUGCACUUCUGAUGGCCGGCUGGAUCUGGGGUUGGCUUUGCCCGGAGCAAUGCCAGGGGUGCAGAAGUGCACAGGUGUUCCCCUCGCCCAGACGAAGUUUAAAAUACCCCAGCGUGGUGCUGCCAUGAAGGCUCAUGUUUAAUCCAGUCAAUCUCCUUUGGCUUUAAGAUGCCUUAAGCCUUAAGCCAGAAUUCACCAGCGCACAAAUGUGCACUUUGUGAAGAUCCAAGCGAG